AUGGAUCUGAAUUCUAGAUACUUUGGUUAUUCUAAUUGUAAUAGAAUCUUGUUCUACAAAUAUUCUACAAACUGUAUCGACAGCAAACUGGCUGGAGUUGUAAAACGUCCUGACGUAGUAACAAUAACCAACUGGGGUGCUCCAGUCAUAUGGAAAGGGACUUAUGACAGACAGGUCCUGGAAAAACAUUACAGAAGAUUGAACGUGACUGUAGGCCUGGCUAUAUGUACUAGUGGAAAGUUUGCAGAUCAGGACCUGAAAGAGCUCAUCCAGUCUGCGAACAAGCACUUCAUGGCUGGCCACCCUGUGAUCUUCUACAUUCUGAUGGAUGACUUCUCCAAGCUCCCUCAUGUAGAGCUGGGUCCCCUUCGAACUAUGAAGUUAUUUACUCUCCACAAAGAAAAUGCGUGGAAAGACAAAGAUUUCAUGCAUAUGAAGAACUUAGAUGUGUAUAUCACAAAACAAAUUCAGCAUGAAGUGGACUUUCUCUUCAGUAUGACUGCAAACCAGAUCUUCAGGAAUGACUUUGGGGUGGAGACCCUGGGCGAGUCUGUAGCUCGACUCGAUCCCUGGUGGUAUUUUAAAGACGUGAGAAAUUUCCCUUAUGAAAGAAAAUCUAAGUCAGAAGCUUUCAUCCCUUACGGAAUGGGAGACUUCUACUACCAAAGAACACUUUUUGGUGGCACACCUCUUGAGGUUUUAACCCUCAUUAGAGAAUAUGAAAAAGGAGUUACUCAUGACACCAGAGAGGGAAUUACCAGCAUAUAUGAAAGUCACCUAAACAAGUAUUUUUUUAAUCCAUAAACCCACAAAGUUGUUAUCACCAGAAUACAAUUGAGAGAUGGGCGGAGCAACAUGGCGGCGAGGAGACGCUGCGAGUAAGAUCUCCCAUUAAAAAAAGUGAAUAGGGAGGAAAAGCGGCAGGUCCCAGUGAGAACUGAGACAGGGAAGAUAAACGGACGACUCCAGCAAACUGCCCGAAGAAGAAAGUUGCCAUAAAAGAG